CCAAGUAUUGCCUGAAGAUGACCGACCUUUGGCAGGAGUGCACGGAUUAUGCAGUGACCCUGGCAAGACAAGCAGGAGAGGUGAUUCGUAAAGCUCUAAAGAAAGAAAUGAAUGUGAUGAUUAAAAGUUCUCCGGCUGGCUUGGUCACAGCUACUGACCAAAAAGUUGAAAAAAUUCUUCUGUCUUCCAUAAAGGAAAAGUAUCCAUCUCAUAGUUUCAUUGGUGAAGAAUCUGUGGCAGCUGGGGAAAAAACUGUCUUCACUGACAACCCCAAGUGGAUUAUUGACCCUAUUGAUGGAACAACAAACUUUGUACAUAGAUUUCCUUUUGUAGCUGUUUCAAUCGGCUUUGUUGUGAACAAAAAGAUGGAGUUUGGAGUUGUGUACAGUUGUGUGGAAGAUAAGAUGUAUACAGGCAGGAAAGGAAAAGGUGCCUUCUGCAAUGGCCAAAAGCUGCAGGUUUCACGACAAGAAGAUAUUACCAAAUCACUACUAGUGACUGAGUUAGGCUCUUCCAGGACACCAGAGACUGUACGGAUUAUUCUUUCCAAUAUGGAAAAGUUAUUUUCCAUUCCCAUUCAUGGAAUCCAGAGUGUUGGAACAGCUGCUGUUAAUAUGUGCCUCGUGGCAACUGGAGGAGCAGAUGCGUACUAUGAAAUGGGGAUCCACUGCUGGGACAUGGCAGGCGCCGGCAUCAUUGUUACCGAAGCUGGGGGAGUGCUAAUGGAUGUCACAGGUGGACCGUUUGAUUUGCUGUCCCGGAGAAUAAUUGCUGCAAACAGUAAAGCACUGGCUGAAAGGAUAGCCAAAGAAAUUCAGAUAAUACCGCUUCAGAGAGAUGAUGAGAAUUAAGUGCACAAUAAGGCAUCGUGCUCAG